GCUCAGACUGUGGAGCGGGCGGCGGGGCUGGCUGGGAGGGAGGGCGGCGAGAGCCUCACUGCGGACUGGGAGCCCCGGGCCAGCCCAGCCCCCUUUGCCGAGGCGACCUUCCAGCCGAUUCUCUGGACACUGCGGGCGGCGUCACAGAUUUCCACUUGGCAGAUUAACCAAAGGCAAGAGAGGCUAAUCUGUCUACGUUCUGAGUGCCACUCUCCGCGAGACCCCCAUAACAGACCCCAGGCCCAAGUCCACUGUGCUACCAGACCCCCACCCCACCCCACCCCAGCCAUUGCUCUGGGGUCUGCCUGAGGCCAGCAGUGUGAAGAUGACCAGCACCUUCCUAGCAUGACGACCUUGGACCAUGUGAUCGCUACCCACCAGUCGGAGUGGGUCUCUUUCAAUGAGGAGCCACUCUUUCCUGUCCCUUCUGAGGGGGGCACUGAAGAGCACCUCCCAGGACCAUCGUCUUCCUCAGACCAGUCUGAGAUCUCUUCUGGGGAGAACUGUGUGGUGGAUGGAGGCUCUCAGGACCUUUCCCCCUCAGAGCACGAUGACUCUUCUGAAAAGAUGGGCCUCAUCUCUGAAGCGGCCUCCCCUCCCCUGAGCCCUGAGCAGCCUCCACCUGACCUGGCUUCAGCCAUCAGCAGCUGGGUUCAGUUUGAAGAUGACACACCCUGGGCCAGCACAUUACCACCUCAUAAAGAAGCAGGUGGGACAGCCAUAUCAUUGACCAUGCCCUGCUGGACGUGCCCUUCCUUCAGCUCCCUGAGGAGAUGCCCUCUGCCCUCCGAGAGCAGCUGGACCACACAUUCUGAAGACAUCAGUAGUCCUAGUUUUGGCCCUUCGUACACAGGCCUGCAGCUCAUCAGUGCUGAGGAGCAGAGUGGCCUGGCUUCCAGGGCCGACUCGACUGGGUGGAAAUGUGGUCACGCAGAAAAUCUAUGCUGGGGUCACCAAGACAGGAGAUGCAUACCAGCUCUGCCCUUUCUAGGCAGCUUCCCAACCCCUGAAACAGGGUUAGUGCUACCUGAGACUAGAGAACUGAGUGGCAGACAGGCAGGCAGGCAGGCGGCGGUGAGUCCUGUUCAAGCAUGCAUGGAGCAUACCUCUACCUGCACCCAAGUCCUGGACCCCUCGCCACCCUUCCCCCACCCCAGGAGGAGCCAGAGCCCCGGCCAGGGUCCACAGGGGGUUUUUGCCCCCCACGACAAUUCUUCCUCUCUUCAGGAAGAUGAAGAGGUAGAGAUGGAGGCCAUCAACUGGCAGGCCAGCAGUCCAGCUAUGAACGGACACCCCGCCACUCUAGUGACCUCUGCUCGUUUCCCUAGCUGGGUCACUUUUGAUGACAAUGAAGUCAGCAGCCCUUUGCCACCAAUCACCUCUCCUCUGAAGCCGAAAACACCACCUCUUGCAUCUGUGAUCCCAGAUGUACCUUGUAACUCAACUGGGUCAUUUAAGAAGAGGGAACGUCCCAAGAGCACUUUGAUGAACUUCUCCAAAGUUCAGAAGCUGGACAUUUCCUCCUUAAACCGUCCGCCUUCCGUGCCUGAGGCUCCUCUUUGGAGGGCAACCAAUCCUUUUCUGAAUGAGACUCUACAGGAUGUACAACCCUCCCCUAUAAACCCUUUCCGCGCUUUCUUUGAGGAGCAGGAGAGGCGCUCCCAAGACAAUUCCAUGUCUGGUACCACAGGCAAAAGCCAAAGAGAUUCUCUCAUUGUCAUCUACAAGGAUGCCAUCAGUUUUGAUGAUUCAAGCAAAAACCAGUCACACUGUGAUGCUGUUGAAAAACUCAAACGACUCCAACUUGAGGAUCCCGAUCACUUAGGGAGUACAACACUCCCUGAUGAUGACCCAAUAGCCUGGAUUGAACUAGAUGACCACCCACCAGGUUCCGCACUGUCCCAGCCCAAGGAUGGUUGGCCCAUGAUGCUUAGGAUCCCUGAGAAGAAAAACAUCAUGUCCUCUAGGCACUGGGGACCCAUCUACAUCAAACUGACAGACAGUGGGUAUCUGCAGCUGUAUUAUGAGAAGGGCUUAGAAAAGCCAUUCCGUGAGUUCAAGCUGGAGAUCUGCCAUGAGAUUUCAGAGCCCCGGCUCCAAAACUAUGAUGAGAACGGCAGGAUCCACAGCUUGCGGAUAGACCGCGUCACCUACAAGGAGAAGAAGAAAUACCAGCCUAAACCUGCCGUGGCCCACGUGGCCGAGAGGGAACAAGUGAUUAAGCUGGGCACCACCAAUUACGAUGACUUCCUGAGCUUCAUCCGUGCAGUUCAGGACCGUCUCAUGGACCUGCCGGUGUUGUCAAUGGACUUGUGCACAGUUGGCUUGAACUACCUUGAAGAGGAGAUUGCAGUGGAUGUCCGAGAUGAAUUCUCUGGCCUUGUGAGCAAAGGAGACAACCAGAUUCUCCAGCACCGUGUCUUGACACGGGUCCACAUCCUGAGUUUCCUCUCUGGCCUUGCCGAGUGCCGCUUGGGUCUCAAUGAUGUCCUCGUCAAAGGGAACGAAAUCGUUUCCCGGCAAGACAUCAUGCCCACCACCACCACAAAGUGGAUCAAGCUCCAUGAGUGCCAUUUUCACAGGUGUGUGGAUGAGGAUGUAUUCAACAGCUCACGGGUUAUUCUGUUCAACCCUUUGGACGCCUGCCGACUUGAGCUAAUGAGGUUCAGGACAGUAUUUGCCGAGAAGACCUUGCCAUUCACACUCAGGACUGUGGCAAGCAUCAGUGGGGCAGAGGUGGAGGUGCAGAGCUGGCUGAGGAUGUCAUCUGGCUUCUCCUCUAACUGUGAUCCUCUCACUCAGGUUCCCUGUGAGAAUGUGAUGGUUCGCUACCCUGUGCCCAGUGAGUGGGUGAAAAACUUCCGCAGGGAAAGUGUCCUGGGGGAAAAGUCUCUGAAAGCCAAAGUGAACCGGGGGGCAAGUUUUGGCUCAACUAGCUUGUCUGGCUCUGAGCCUGUCAUGAGAGUAACUCUGGGAACUGCGAAGUAUGAGCAUGCCUUCAACUCCAUUGUGUGGAGGAUAAACCGACUGCCUGACAAAAACUCAGCUUCUGGUCACCCACACUGUUUCUUCUGCCAUCUUGAACUUGGCUCUGACCGGGAAGUGCCUUCCAGAUUUGCCAAUCACAUUAACGUCGAGUUCAGCAUGCCUACAACUUCUGCCUCCAAAGCUGCUGUAAGAUCCAUCUCUGUGGAAGACAAGACCGACGUCAGGAAGUGGGUCAAUUAUUCUGCACACUACAGCUACAAGGUGGAAAUUGAGCAAAAAAAGAGUUUGAAGCCAGACUUUGAAGGAGAUGAAAUGGAAAAUCCCAAGGAGUGUGGGGUCCAGUGACGAAGCCCUACUGCAGGGGGCCCUGACCUAAGCAUCACGACAGGAUGUCUUCCUGAAUAGCUGAAGUUCAAGGCACUGCCUACCAUGGCUACUCCAUGUUGGGAACAGUGUAUUGGACCUCCCUGUUUGUAGUUACCUGUAUUCUAACAGGAAGCCCUAAGGUGCUUGCUUUGGAGAGGCUCUGAUCAUGCCUGAAGCACCUGCAUCACCUGACUUUUUGGAGCUUACUGUAUAAUUAAGCCUCCUCUCCACUCUGCUUAUCUCACAGCACUUGGGUAUGGUUUGUGACUGAUAAAGUCAGGAAAAGAAACUCCCAACAUCAUUGUUGGCGUGAUUUCCUUCCGAUGUUCAUCUGUCACUUACAUCAGUUUCUGGAAAAGAAUCUUGAGAAGUUAAUUAACUAAGACUCCAUCCCUGUCACUCCCCUUAGAAAAAGUUGAGAAAAGGUACAAAACCGAUUUCCUCUUUGGGUCUGCUAGACCUUUCAUAGGUGUCUCCAUUCUUCAAAUGUUAACACUGUGCAACAGAAGUUUUUGAGAUGCUUCCCUCCUGGUUCUAGAUAGUGUUGACUGAAACACUUUUUCCAUCUUUCUAAGGCAUCAGUCCCAGGGUUCAUCACCCUGAGUCACAGUAGACAAUGGAAAAAAGGCACAAGAGGACACUUCUAAAUUCUGUGAGUAGCCCCAUAUUCUGCGAAGAGUGGCUAUUGAAGGGAAAGCAAAAUUGAGCUUACUUUUCUUCAUUCUGGGGAAAAAGAACAUUCAUUGUAAGAUUAUCUUCAAUUCAGGAGACAGCUUAAAUCUCAGUGAAUUUCCAAAUUCACACUGAAAAGUAUAGGCCAUUUUUGAUUCCUGAAACAGAUGGAUACAUGUAUCUCAGGCAUUUGUCAGGGGCAUUUGGGAACUCUUUUUAUACCUCAUAGCCAAUAGACAGCUGUGUGUCUCUUUAACUCAAACUUUACAGGAAAUAUAAGUUGAAAAGAUCAUUUUAAAAGCCGUUUCAAAACUGAGCUUGUAUGAGCUUUUCCUAAAAAUUCAGAGUUUGAUAAUCACAGAAUUGUAAUAGAUCUAAAAGGCAGAAGACUCUAGGGUAGAGAUGAGGGAAAGCCAUAUUUUUCUAAUGUUGGGAACACUAAAUCCUGAUUCCAAGAAUCUAGGACACUCAAUAUUCUUUCUCUUCAUCUGUUCCAGCUCACAUUCUGUACCUCUGCAUCCCAAAGAGGAUACGAGCUCAGCAAUUUAAAGGCAGCUUUAACCUGCCUUCCUGUUUCUCCCAUGAAGAAUAGAGUAAGGGUUAUCCAAUUUGUAGAUGACAUAGAAAUAGACAUAUAACUAGUCUGUUGACUGGCAGAUUCGGGAUUAGUUCAUUCCGUGAAUAUUCACUGAAUUCUAUGUAUUGACAUUAGGAUAUAGAAAUCAUUGUAAUUUUUUGAAAUACCUGAACAUAAGACUGAAACUAAAAGGAUGAAAUUAAAUAGGCAUUAGUGAGAAACUCUAUAUUCUGAGUUUCUUAAAUGCAGCCCACUAAGUACAAAAUGGGGUACCUAUGUGUGUGUUUACCUGUGUGUGUUAAUGGGAAGGGUGUUGGAAAGUCCUGGUUUCACAGCAGUUUUUGUAUAAAAUGUUUUCUGGGGGAAAUGAGCUCAGUUUUGAAUCGGGAGUAUAUCAUAGCUAUUCACAAAACUAAUGCAUUCAGCCUGUGGUAACAGAAGUCUAGGGAGUCCUGCAUGCUGCACUGGUCAGCCCACAUCUGGAUGAAGGGCUGGGUUCAGUUCUGGGAACCACAUUUUAAGAGAGAUGUUAAUAAAUUGAUUGUGUCCAGUCAGGUGGCCAGGGUUGUGGAGAGUGUGAUUAUACAUGGAAUAGGGGAAUACUUCCUCUGAAGAACAGAAGGUAUAGCUGGAAAGGGAAAAAGAGGGAAUGAUACAAUAGCUGCCUUGAAAUCUCUGUUGAGCUAUAAAAGGGGAGAGGAAUUGGACUUUUCCUGUGUUGCUUCAAAGGGCAAAAAGAGGAGCUUUAUAGAUGACAGAUGUUUGCUUCAAUGUAAGAAAGAACUUUGUAAUGAGUUGUUCUAAAGAGGAAUGGACUCAAACAGUAAAACUUCCAGUUGCUGCAAAUGCCCAAAGGCUAAAAUAACCCAUCCUAAAUGCUAUGAAAGGGACUCUUAGAUUGGAUUUGGGCUAGAUUCUUAACAAGAUCCCUUCUACAUAUAGGUUUCGUUUCAACCGUAUUAGGAUUCUGUUUUUAGUUUGAUAAGUGGUUUUUCAUGCUCUUUGAAAUACAGUGGAGUCCCCCAGAGGUCUUUGUCAACUGAGGACUCCAAGGCCUAGCCCUUCCCCUGUUGUGCUAAAAGCACAUGAGAUUCCUUAUAGAAACAUUGAAAUGGGUUGAAGAGUUGGCAAGGUGAAGGUCAUUCUAGCACCUUCUUUACCCAAGGUUAGCACCUGUGCACCCUCUCAAGACCUCUGCUUCACCUGCUAGCAUCACAUGUGUAUCGGUGGUUGGACCCUUUUUUCCUGUUGGUUAUUUCUCAUUGCCUUUGUACUUUCACCUGGACAUUUUUUUUUUAAACCAAGGGAUGGGGAAAUCCCUUCCAUGCUAUCUACAUUCAGCAAUCAUAUUAUCAUUCAUUUUUAAAAACCUACCACCUUGAUUUCAUCAGAUUUGUUUUCCCUCUACUGUUUUUUGGAAGUUGAUUAUGGGUAGCAUUUAGGGGGGUGGGAAAUAUAAUACUAUAUAUUUUUAGAUGUAGUUUCGUUAAUAGCCUACAUAGAAAACACUGUUGGGCAAAUACCUUUUUGAUAUGCAGAUUCUAAGUUUGCCACCCUGGACUUGGAUUUUGUGUGUGUGGCCACAAAUAAUCCUUGUCUAUGUUAUCAGUAAUGUGAAAAUAUUAGAAGUGAGUUCAUUUUACCAAUACAUAGUCUUACUAUUACUAUUAGAAUAUAAAUUAGAUGUCCCAUGAUAUUAAGAGCUGUGCUUUUUUUUUUGAGACUGGUGACUUCCUUUUUUGACUUUAUAGUAAAGGAGGAUGAGAAAUGUACUCAUGAUAUAUCAAACGAGACUAUGAGGUACUUUGUGGGUGUACCAUUAAACUCCCUUUGCCACUCUUGUAAAUAUACUAGUUAUGCCUUAUCAAAAUUGUGCGUUCUACUCAUAUGAAAUAUAAUCCGUGCAGUUUUUUUUUCUCUUCUAUUUUCUUCUCCCCACCACCCCCCACCCCAUGCAACCCUCCUGCAUUAUUGGCAGGGCUCAUAACCCAUGAGAACAUUUCUUUUCUUUUUGGCUGUGCUGCACGGCUUGCGGGAUCUCAGUUCUCUGAUGAGGGAUUGAACUCAGGCGACUGCAUUGAAAGCGCCGAGUUCUAACCACUGGACUGCCAGGGAAUUCCCAAGAACAUUCUUUUAAUGUAAAAUAUUUCUUAUUUAAAAUUAGAGUAAUUUCCUUUCAAAUCCUGUAGAUGAGGGCAGGAGCUUAUUUCCCUAGAAAUUCAUAUUCCCAAGAAAUGUGAUCCAUGGAGGCAAGAAAUGGCUCUUAUUCUUUGUUUCUAGUACCUACCACCAAGUUAGUUUGGAAUAUAAUAAGUUUCAGCUACCUGAAAUCCUGUGCUGAUAGGACAAACAGAUAUUAAUGAAAUAAAGGAAAAUUACUUAGGUAUUCAAUAAAUGUUUGCUGAAUGAAUACUGAUGCUUAGACUCUAAGGCUACCUAACCCUUACUUAUCAUCAAACACAUUAAAGCACACAAGCAUGCUUCUAUUUCCUGGAGAACUUAAAUAAUUUUUCUUUCCUUGCCUCUACUGUCAACUAGUGAUAACUGUCAGCACUUAAGCACUUAAUGUGCAUCUGAACUUAAACUACAGUAUAUCUUAUUCAUAUUGAAAAACAUUUUUGUGCCCAAAGAUAACAGUAGCACAGAUGCUGUCACAGUCCAGAUUAUUGAUUCAGUUUUGUUCUUGCAAGUCAGACAGCUCUGUGAGCCUAAGCUUUGACCAUUCGAAUGGUGAGAGGGAGAAGAAAGCAUUUAAUAGAGUACAUGGACAGUCUUGGUGUGCUAGGUCUUUGUUUUCCCCAACAUUAACCACUGACCAAUGUUACUGCGCAUUUAUUUUGUCACCAUAGUAAGAAAGAUGGAGGCCUGGGGUAGUAAGGCUGAAACGUGUGAAGUGACAUCAUGAUUUCAGAGCUGCUUUAAAUCUCAUAAUAAGUUUCGUGGUGGGAAAAGAGAGAAUGAUCUGAAAUUUUUCUUAAAAAUCUUUAAAAUAUUAAGUUGAUUUGACUAGGAAGCACUGCCAUUUAGCCUACUUUUAAAAUUUUUCCCAGGUGGGAAUGGUAACUUUAACUCUUCUACGAAUGAUUAUAAGUUAAUUCUAGCAUAUCUAGAGUUUAGGUGAUGUUAAGAAUGCAACAGGAAAUUCAAACAAAACUGACCAAAAAGCUAAAUCCACAAAAAAUAUUAUCUAGUAAAGGAAUUAUCUCUUAACAUUUCACUAACAAGUGUCAUUCAAAACAUGACAGCUCUUACAUAAAAUUAGUCAUAGCAUUUUCACCUUCUAAACAUACUGUCAUUACCAAUGUCUAAGUGCCAAUUCCCUACAAGUCACCAUCUCUCUACCAUUUAAUUAUGUUCUUUUUAAAUGAAACUUGCUUUGGACAUUGCGACUCAUAUUUAUGUAUUUAAAGAAUUAAAAGUGAAAGAGACAUAAAUGUAGAAAAUAAAUGUGUGUGUCAGUAGUAUUUUCCCAUGUAUUAACUAAAGUAGGAAUAUGGAAUUUUUACAUUUCUUAUACUGUGCCUUAGCAAACCUGAUUUAGAGUCUAGUCCUUUUAACAAUUGGGGGAAAAAAAAAAGUAUCUCUGAAUUUGCAAUUCCAGGCCUGUAAAGGCAGAAACUAUCCAUAGCAAUGUGUUUGGUAGCGCCUGGAGAGAGGCAAAUAAUAACUGCAUGUAAAGAAAAGCUAUGAAAGAACAGAAUCAAAAAACAGAAUGGCAAUAUGAAAAAAUAUAGAGAAAUGACAAAUACAGCGCUGGCCACCAAACCUCAGAAUACUUGAACUAGGGGCUUCCCUGGUGGCGCAGUGGUUGAGAGUCCGCCUGCUGAUGCAGGGGACACGGGUUCUUGCCCCGGUCCGGGAAGAUCCUACUUGCCGCGGAGCAGCUGGGCCCGUGAGCCAUGGCUGCUGAGCCUGUGCGUCCGGAGCCUGUGCUCCGCAACGGGAGGGGCCACGACAGUGAGAGGCCUGCGUACCGCAAAAAAAUAAAUAAAUAAAUAAAAAUACUUGAACUAGAGGCCUUAAAUGUAAGGAGCUCCAGGAAUAAUAAAAGAUUGCCUAGCAGGGAUAAACAACAGAAUUAAUUCAGUUCAAUAAGUAUUUGGUCAAGGUGCUGUCCCAGUAACCAGCUUCCCUAAAGGGAGCUAAGGCCAAACACAAGGACACGGAGGACUGUUGAUGUAAAGACAUUGGUGGGCGUGCCCUUUAUCAAGGGAGAAUUGGGGUUUCUCUGAAUCUUUAAAGGACACAGUCAUGAAGACAAUCAUCAUGUUAAGUCACUUGCAAUUUUCCCAGUUGGGCUUCAGAAACCUCAGCUAAAAAAGUGAGGACGCUGGACUGAUUGUUCCCUCAGAUCCUUUCCAGCUCCAGUGUUACGGAUUAUUUUACAAACUGUCUUUGGUGCCACUGUCAGUGAUACUUCAUAUCAAUAGGACUCUUCAUAUAAUCUUAAGAACCAAGAAGUUUUAAAAUUUGAAUACUGGGAAAAGCAGCUGGCCCAUCUUUUCUCUUUUAAUGUCUCUAUCCUUUACCAUCUGCCCAGACAACCCUGCAGUCCUCUAUUUUGUAGUUGCCUUCAAAACACAGAUAAACAUGGAGGAUCAAAAGGACGGUGAAGAUCAGUUGGAACACUGCUCUGGAAGUUCCUCUGGCAUCACCCAGCACAACAGUGGUGUGAAGGUGAAGAGGAACUGAUAGGAUUUGGGUACUACCUGAAGCAGAAGUCGGUCUGACCCUCCAAGGGGCUAUGUCGGGAUGAUCAACAAUUUACAGAUAUAUCCUUUUAUACAAAAGACUGCAGAAAUCGAGGGGGAAAACAAACUUAGUAAACAUUCUGGGACUAUCUGUAACACAGUUAUGGCAAAAGGAGAUGAAAGGGUCGGUCCUCCCUAUCCUCACAGUCUCUCAGUAACAUGAAAAUGUAAUUAUUUUUAAAAAAUGUGUACAAGCUACAAAAUAGCAUCUCUUUCGUGGUAUGUGUUAGUUUGAUUUUAGAUUCCUAUACUAAGAGUUGCUCAAAUAUAAUGGCUCAAUUCCAGCCGGACAAAGUAAAGGAAUUUUAGCAUCCUCUUCCUGUUCAGUCCCACCUUCUGCCUCAGAUCAAACCCUCAGUGCUGGCUGUGGACACCAUCUAGCCGCACUGUGACUGAAGCCUUAAGCACCGCUGUCUGGCCUCUGUGUGCUUCAGGGUCAGCACCCACACGUGGUUUCCAAUGGGAGCGGUUCUGGGAAAGCAGAUGUGCAAUCAGAUCUUGACAGCAACCUGUUGGACCAAAGCAUCUAAGGGUUUUGAAGUACUGGGGUGACAGAGGGAAGAAUAUGAACUCCUCUGACCCUAAGUCAGCAUGCAUUUAACCUUUGUGUCAGUCAACCUGCCAACAGAACCUGGAGAAAGUUUACCAUAUUCAAGAAAUGAAACAAAAUCAAUCAGUGUUUUAAGCCAGGGAGCGCUAAAAAAGCACCCCCUCCUCACUCUCCAUUUUUGUAAUGCUCAUAGAGCAUUUCAAUGUGUCAGGAUGGAGGGACCCAAGAUCCAGUGAAUGAUUCAGCUGAUCCAAGGCUUGGCUUUUCCUUCCUUCAUCAUCUGUCCUCAUUCAAUGUAACUGCUUGUACUAUGUGAUUUAUUUUAUGUUAAAAACAGCUUACUUAAAAAAAAUGUGCCUAUGUAAUAAAGUCUACACACUGGCUAA